AUGGCCAGAAAAUUUGCAUUGGCUCUUGUUCUUUUCGCAACCAUUUCAACUUUUGCCUUAGCCACGGCUAACAACAACUGCACCACCGGUGGCUCGGCUAACUUCAACGGCACAGCUGCUGGCGGUUUUUGGGCCUACAAUUGGCCCAAAAAUACCACAGUGGUGGGCUCGAGAAAAUUCAUUGUGGGCGGAUCUGAAAAUUGGCAUUUCGGGUUUAAUUACUCCAAUUGGGCUAUUUCGAGCAGGCCCUUUUACAUGAACGACUCUCUGGUGUUCAAAUACGACGCGCCAAACGCGACCACAUUUCCGCACAGCGUGUACUUGCUACCGAAUCUAAAGAGCUACCAAAACUGCGACCUCAAAAGGGCAAAGAGAAUCGCGGAUGCCAACGCGGGAGUUGGGGAGGGGUUCGAAUUCGUGCUGAAAAGAUGGCAGCCAUACUAUUUCGCGUGUGGAGAAAGAGAAGGCUUCCACUGCAGAGUCGGCAAUAUGAAGUUUGCAGUCGUGCCUUUGUUCCGUUGGUAUAACUGA